AUGCUCGUUCUCCACUCUGAAAGCGUUUGCGAUAUAUGCAUGGAUGAUUAUGUGUCGGACGACCCAGAUAAGGGUCCCCACGCCGUACCUUGUGGCCACAUAUUUUGUAAAGGCUGUAUUGGGGCAUUCGAACCUCCAAACUGCCCCAAUUGCCGCAGCCCGUUAGACCCCGAUCGCGCAGUGAAGCUGCACAUCGAUCGCAUCACAGCGUCAAAUGAUGCUGAUCAGUCUCAGCAGGCGACCUCACCGAGGACACUAGAUGACGACGAGUUGAUCUUUGAGGCGAUGCAAGACCAACAACUACAAAUCGUGUUUGAGAGGGAGACUUCGCAGGCCAUUGAAGCUGAGCUGACUGAGAAGUGCAAUGCACUUGAGAAGAAGGUAGCUGAUCAUGAAGCCGAGCUUGAACGCCUUCGGACAGCACAGGCACGAUGGAUGGCAGGAAAUGACCAGGACUAUCAGCUGCAAAUCGUGUUUGAGAGGGAGACUGCGCAAGCCAUUGAAGCUGAACUUUUCGGAAAAUGCAAGUUGCUUGAAGAAAAAGUUGGUGAACUCGAAGCUGACGUUGAUCGCUGGCGUAGGAAAAUGCUUCGGGAAAGGGCACAAAAAGAACAGUUGGCGAGAGGUAUUGAGGAUGGUCAGCGACAGAUGGCUUUUGAGAAAGAGACUGCGCAGGCUGUCGAGGCUGCACUUCACAAAAAGUCCAAGGAUCUUGAAGAGUAUGUUGCGAUUUCUCCCUGGUUCACUGCGCUAAUGAUCCCUUGCCCGUUUAGAGAGGUUGCUGAAUAUGAAGCAGUUGUUGAACGAAUGCGGACGGAGCUUGACCUGUAUAAGGAUCGAAAUCGCCGUAGUGUUCUACAUCAACUGUCGGAUGAAAGGAGGAGAGAUUCUUCAUUUAUUACGCUUUUGGCUGGAACUCCCGUCAAGACGCUGGGUGCUGCUGCUGCGUCCUCAUUUGCAACGAGGACGCCCAACAGAUCAACGUCCACCAGUCCAAGCAAUGAUGAGGAGGAUGACUCCUCACCUGGCAGGGAAGAGAAAAAGCUGAACAAAAUUCCUUCUCAAAGCAAUAGUCUUGCGUAUUAUCAGCAGAACAUCGGUUCGGAGCCUUACUUUGGCACGGGAUCCACACAACGAUAUCAAGCAAAUCCCCAGCCGUCUGGUACUUGGACCUUCCAACAAACACAACCCGGCUUCUCGCAACAAUCACAGCAGACCAGUUUUCUUGCGCAACCGCAGGGGACGUCACAACGACAAUCUCAUGGAGGGAGUCUCUAUCUUCAACAUACGUCCCCACACGCAGGAGAUCAAGGUUACAUCCCUCCAUUUGCGAUGGGAUCGAAUACCGGGACGCCAUCGGCAUACCCGGGGUCCCCUUCGCCUGCUGGGCCUUCAACGUUUAGAUUGACACCAUCUCCGAUGCCAGGAUCCUCUGUGGAGUCACCAAAGAGUACCGGUGACCAGAACGGCGCUUAUGAUUUUCGGAUUCAGCAACAACAACCCCUGUCGUCACUCCAAUCGCAGCCGACUGGCGCUCCGAAUAGUUCGACUCUUAAUUAUGGAGCUUCGAGUCCAGGACCCGCAGUCACCUGGGGUGCCUGGCCAUCCUUCACAUCCGCCAGGAAACCGACUUCUAGCUCUGACGAGCAAGAUCCUAGAUCAAGUGCUACAAUGACGAGAUCUUCGCCUCCAGUUACUCCCUCGCCCCCAGGGAAUUCUUCUCAUAUGAGGAGAAUGGCAAGUCUGAAGGCUUUCAAGCCGUUGUCGGAUUUCGGUGCUUCACUCCUAGCAUCCCUACCUUCCAUAUCUAGUUCCCAAUCCCAGUCGCCGGGAAUUUUCAUUUGGCUGACUCAAGGGGUUACUGCAUGCCCCAAUGCACCUGAGCACGACAGUGUGGAUUCCCAGCAGGGACCCGAUUUUGCCGAAACGGGCCGUUUCAAGAGGACCAUUGGACAGCUUUUAUCUGAGGACGCUUUGUCUGGAUAUUGUGGAUUUAUUGGACUAUUGAGCGAGACAUUGGCACGAGUAGGGGAUCAUCAAUUUAUGCUCGUUCUCCAUCCUUCCAGUCGUUGCGAUGUUUGCUUGGAUGCCUAUACCUGGGAAACCCCGCAACAAACCCCCCAUGCUAUACCCUGUGGCCAUAUAUUCUGUAAAACCUGUCUGAUGGCGGUCACACCACCCAACUGCCCCCUAUGUCGCAAAGCAUUCGUCCCGGAUCGUUUGAAGAAGCUGCAUGUGGAUCGCCCGUCGGGCCUUGAGCAUGAUCUGCAAGAGGUCGAGCUGUUGCAGAGGCUGGCGCUGGUGUGGGACUCACCAGGGGAUCAGUUGGAUGACAUGAUAGAUGAGGUGACUGGUUGGUUGGAAGAUCGGCAAGCAGACACGAGUAUACCCUUAAGAAAGGCCUUUGACGCCAUGAUCAAAUACCAGGGGCUUAAAACGGAAAAACGGGACAAUUUAGAGACUAUCAGCACCUUGAAGACAGAUGUGGAGGAAUACAAGAGGCAAAUGCGAUUCGCACAGACCACUGCACAAGCCAUUGAGGAUGGACUUUUGCAUAAAGCCCAAGCACUUGAGGACAAAGUAGCUGAAUAUGAAGCUGCAGUCGAACGCCUGCAGGCUGAAAUCCGCAUGUAUAAUCAACCCCACAUGCGGAAUCCUCUGCCUCCGCCACCUGAACCUGUCCCUCUCGAUCGGUUCCCACCGUUUUUGCAAGCA